AUGUCUAUAUUCGGUGCAGCUGUAUCAGCAAGAUUAUUCUCUGUGAUCAGAUUCGAAUCCAUAAUUCACGAAUUCGAUCCAUGGUUCAACUUCAGAGCAACCAAAUAUUUAAUCAAUAACUCAUUCUACGAUUUCUUAAAUUGGUUCGAUGAUAGAACUUGGUACCCACUAGGAAGAGUCACAGGUGGUACUUUAUAUCCGGGUUUAAUGACCACAUCAGCAUUAAUCUGGCAUACUUUAAGGAAAAUUGGUUUACCAAUUGACAUUAGAAACAUUUGUGUACUUUUCGCUCCAGCAUUUUCUGGUGUCACUGCAAUUGCAACUUACUACUUGACAAAGGAAAUUAAAGAUUCAUCUGCAGGUGUACUUGCUGCAGCAUUCAUCGCUAUAGUCCCAGGUUACAUAUCAAGAUCCGUCGCCGGUGCUUACGAUAAUGAAGCCAUCGCUAUCACUUUAUUGAUGGUGACUUUCAUGUUCUGGAUUAAGGGUCAAAAGACAGGUUCCAUUCUUUAUAGUUCAUUCGCCGCACUUUUCUACUUUUAUAUGGUCUCAGCUUGGGGUGGUUAUGUAUUCAUUACUAAUUUAAUCCCAUUCCAUAUCUUCCUUUUAAUAUUGAUGGGUAGAUUCACUUCAAAAUUAUACGUAGCGUAUAAUACUUGGUUCAUCAUUGGUACAGUCGCAUCUAUGCAAAUCCCAUUCGUUGGAUUCUUACCAAUUAGAUCAAAUGAUCAUAUGGCUGCAUUGGGUGUCUUUGGGUUAUUACAAAUUGUUGCCCUAGGUGAUUUCGUUAAGAGUAAAUUACCACCAAGAAAAUUUAAAAUAGUAAUGAUAGUUUCAUUAUUAAUUAUCUUAGCUAUAGGUAUUGCUGGUUUAUUCCUUCUAACUUACAUGGGAUUGAUCGCUCCAUGGACCGGUAGGUUCUAUUCAUUAUGGGAUACAAGUUACGCUAAAAUCCAUAUCCCUAUCAUUGCAUCUGUCUCAGAACAUCAACCCGUUGCAUGGCCCGCUUUCUUCUUCGACACUCAUUUCUUAAUCUGGUUAUUUCCAGCCGGUGUAUUCUUACUAUUCAUGGAUUUGAAAGAUGAACACGUAUUCAUAAUCGCAUAUUCAGUAUUAUGUUCCUACUUCGCUGGCGUCAUGGUUAGAUUAAUGUUAACAUUAACUCCAGUCAUUUGUAUCACUGCCGCAGUAGCAUUAUCUAAAGUAUUUGAUGUCUAUUUAGAUUUCUCCUCAGCAAUUGACCCACAAAGAAGAAACUUGACCUCAUUAUUGUCACGAUUGAUCGUCUCGGGGACUUUCAUCUUUUACUUGUAUUUAUUCGUCUUCCAUUGUACUUGGGUCACUCAAACUGCUUACUCUUCUCCAUCAGUCGUAUUACCAUCAACAAGUCCCGAUGGUAGUAUGGCUUUAAUUGAUGAUUUUAGAGAAGCUUACUAUUGGCUAAGAAUGAACACUGAUGAAGAUGCUAAAGUCGCCGCAUGGUGGGAUUAUGGGUAUCAAAUUGGUGGGAUGGCUGAUAGAACUACAUUGGUUGAUAAUAAUACUUGGAAUAAUACGCAUAUUGCCAUCGUGGGGAAAGCUAUGGCUUCACCUGAAGAAAAAGCUUAUGAAAUUUUGAAAGAACAUGAUGUGGAUUAUGUUUUGGUCAUAUUUGGUGGGUUAAUUGGGUUUGGUGGUGAUGAUUUGAAUAAAUUCUUAUGGAUGAUUAGAAUUAGUGAAGGUAUUUGGCCUGAUGAAAUUAAAGAAAGAGAUUUUUUUACACCUGAAGGUGAAUAUAGAGUAGAUUCUCGUGCUUCAAAGACUAUGAAGGAAUCAAUAAUGUAUAAGAUGUCCUUUAAGGAUUUCCCAAUUUUAUUUAAUGGUGGUCAAGCUGUGGAUAAAGUUCGUCAACAAGCAAUUUCCUUGGAAGAUGUUGGUACAUUGGAUUAUUUCGAUGAAGUUUUCACUUCCGAAAAUUGGAUGGUUAGAAUUUAUCAAUUGAAAGAAGAUGAUCCUGAAGGUAGAUCCUUAAAGGAAGUUGGUGAUUUCGAAAGAGCAAAGGGUAAAUUGACCAAAAAGAGAAAGAUAACUAAACCAGAUCUUACUUUAAGAGUUUAG